CACACAUGUGAAAUAUGGUCAUUUUUCCAAUUUUUCAGUACGUUUUAAUUUUUCGCGUGUUACUAAUGAUAUGGCCUUAAUUCUUCGUAGAUUUGUGGAAUGAAUACCAAAAUAUGUGUUUCACAUGAAAAAAGUAAUUUUAAUGACGUCAUUGGGAUAAAAAUGACGUCAUUUCGGCAAAAAAAUCUUAUUUUAACGAUAAAGAUAAAAAGAUCCCUUCUACCAGAAAUAUUGAUGCUCCUCAUGUCAUUAUACUUGGCAUAUAUGUAAAACAGGACAUUUAAAGAUAAUGGAGAAAAGGAAAACAAUAUAAUGACGUCAUUGGGAUCCCAAAUGACGUCAAUUUGCUGGAUCUAUAUUCCUUCAAAUCUGGUCUGCUUUUUGUCCCUAGUAACCAUAUUUUACCUUAGCAACACCUUGGUUAUCACUUAGUAACCAAUAUACAAGUAAUAAAUAAUUAUUUACCCAAUACAACAUCUUAUAACAUUCUUACAUGAAUGUCAACGGUUUUCAAAAUUCCAAAAAAUUUACCAUCGCCCAAAAAAAGCAAUACCCCCGGCAAAGUACAAAAUUUUUCCCAAAAUUUUUUUUUUCAUCAGAAGCAAAAAUAAAAGAAAGGAAAAGGUCACAAAAUUUUAGCAUUUAUUCACAUGUGUAUCUAAAGUUAUGCCUAGUGAAAAAGGCGACGGGCAGUUUGUGCCCUCUCCAGGCAUAAUAGGGCUAAAGAUGAAUUGUUGAGGCUGAAUAUUUUUGGUUAAUGAUAAUAGUAUUAUAGCUAUAAAAUUGUGACAAGUGUGUUAUAACAGAAAAAAUAUGCAUAUAUAGUGUAAAAAUACCCUUUCGUAGCUAAUUAUGUAACGAAAAAAUUUCCGAUUUUUAAAAGGGUUACUGCCACCUUAACUUGUAAACAAUUGUUUGCAUAGUGGCACAAGAUAAUGUAUUGUGGCGUACAAAACGUUGUGACUUCGAUUGUAUUUUAUAAAAUCAUAUUCUUAUAAUAAUUCUUUAUAUUACUUUCAAAGGUCCACAAUUUAAGAGAUUUUUCAGCAAUGGGCACGGAAAUUUGUUGCGUUGUUGCCCUAGGACGUCAUAUAUAAACAAAAUAUGUACGAACCGAGUUGGCUUUUGUGCGAUAAUGGCUUUAGUGAAAAUUAAGUAAAAUUAGUGAAAAUAAUGCUUUGUGGGACAAAAUUUAGAUAUAAGAAACUCAAUAAUAUACAAAUUUUUAUCUCACUGUUGCUUUUGUGAUAUGUAAGAUUAAAUUUAAAGUCAUUCCACUUGUUUAUCAAGCGCACAUCAUGUUGAAUUCGAACAAAUUUGAAUAAAUUCGAAUAAAUUCGAAAACGCUGCAUUGUUAUCUUCUUUGAUUUUAUGUGUGAUUUUCUUAACUAUAAGUUUGAGUCUGUCCUUUUAAUAUUAUGGAUUGAAAUAUUUCGGUAGAUAUACAACAUACUAAAUGAUUCAAGUUUUUAUAUUUCUCUUUACGUGUUUUUUCAAUUAUUAAUUUCUUUUAUUUUGAGUAUAAUUUUGGAAGGUUUGCCGUUUGCAAUAGACUAAACAGCUGAUUUUGUAUGACUUUAAAAAAUGUUGGAUUUUUUUUAAUGUUUGGUAUCCUUUUUUCCCCUGGUGUAUUUCUGGAAUGGCAAAGCAAGUAUAUAGUUUUUGCGUACUUCGCUUUUUACGACAAAGAGCCCGGGGUCGAGGUUGAAAUGUGAGUUUUGAAAAUUCAAAUUACUGAGUUCUAUGUUUUUAUUUGGUACCCCUCAAAAGGACUCAAUAAGAGAUUCAGUGGAUUCUUCCACGGGAAUUCGGCUAGUCUAUAUAAUAAUACGCUUAUAUGAGUAACCAUGUGAGACCACGACACGCAAAGUACGGGUCACUUUUUUAUGACGUGGUGUUACGCUAAGAUUUACCAAGUUAAAAAAAACGCAAAACAGGGGGUUUUAUGUAAACAUUUAAUUCUCUUUUCUUAUUACUCUUUUUAUUAAUUUAUUAAAACUAAUUUUUAUUUUAUUUUAAAUGUUUUUACUUGUGUGUUUCUAGUUUUAAAAGCCCCGUUGGUCGUUAUAGAUAGAAUAAUUUAUUUUACUCCCGGCUUACCAUAUGCGCGCCGUAUCUAACGAAAACAAGUUGUUUAUCAACUGAAAAAAGAGAACCGAAGCGAAGAAAUAGUCUCUUUUCAAAUUAAUCCUGGAUAAAGUUAUUUCAAACAUUGUUUACUCAUCACAAGGUUAGGUUAAAGCUUAUUUGUUUCUUCUAUUUUUUUUUCAAUUUUGUGUUCUGGGACCGAGGUUGCUUUAUUUUUUAAAAAAACUAUCGAAUUCAAAUGAUAAUUUAAAUCUAAAAUGUAAAAAACAAAACUGUUGUUGUAGAACGACUGUUCUUGUCGAGCGAGGAUAAAAUAAGUGUGUGUUGCUGUCAGAAAUAUUUAUUAUAAAAAAGAAAAAUUUACGAUGAUAUAACGUUAAAAAGAGAACUGACUGGAAAUAUAUCAGACAAUUGUAACUAGCUAUACGGUAUCAAUCUGUUUUCUUUGUGAUGAAGCGAAGUUUAGUAAUCGAAGUAAAAAACUUUUAUCCUGGAGAACGCUAGCUAGCAGCCUACUGAGAAAGAUAUUUACAUUUAAAGAAUUUUAGAUUUAAUUAUGCUGCAUGAAUUAUGAUGUCAUAUUUCAGUAAUAGCAAAUUUGGACAUUUUCUUUCAUCAGUAAUUUUGGACCUGUUAAGGGGUGUGCAUUCAAACUUUAUCAAUGCAUAUGGAUAUUAUAAAGCUACAAGCAAGACCAAUGAAGACAUCCAUAAAGUAAGAUGCAGAAGUUAUAGUGAUGUACUUCCAAACGGAGCUUGCUUGCAACAUUUGAAAAAUUAUAUGAUAAAUCAAUCAAUUCACAAAGCGAAAGAUGCAAGUAAGGAUAUGGAAUGGGGCAUUUUACUUUUAAAUUUACUUAAAAGAAAAAAACGCAAAGUUUUCCUGACAAGAGCAUUCAAUUUUUAUUUCAACAAACAAAGAUUCCAUAGCUGCAGAAAAGAGUCUGGUUUUAAUUCUGUAGUGAAUUUGCUUAGACUGUACUUAGACAGAAACUUCGAAAAAAUAUGCGAAUGUGCGGAUAUGUUCACACAGUUAGCGUGUUUUUUAAGACAUCCCACAUGCUUUGUAUCAACAAUUAAAAAUGAGACUAUUAAUUCGCCACCAUGUCGAAAGAUAUGGCUGAGCAACCGUUGCAAUGGACUUAUCGAUUUCAUGAAACUUUAUGAAUCAUUGUGCAAACUAUGUCCGGAUGAAUUCGAAAAUCCAAUCGAACUUUCCAAUCCAUAUCUUUAUGUUAACUUUCCGAAACAAGACAUGAACAACAUUGUAGGCUGCCAACUAAUUCCUUUUAAAGAAGGAGACGUACAGUAUACCGAGCAUUGUUAUGAAGGAAAUGUAGUCUCAUACAACGGUACUGUAAACAAGACCAGGAGUGGGAAGAAAUGUCUGCCUUGGAGUAUUAAUUCGUUUUUAUCCUCACCAGUAUAUCGUGAUUUAGAAAGCAACUUCUGUAGAAAUCCUCAAGGAUAUGCAAGAGCACCUUGGUGUUAUGUAAAUGAAACUUCUGAACGUUGGGAAUAUUGUGAUGUUCCUGAAUGUGUUAAUGGUACGAAAAGGACAAUUGUUCAUAAAAUGUAUCCCAGAAAAAUUAAGCUAGUGUUUGCGGUGUUAGUUCCAACCCUUCUCUUUAUGUUGCUGCUCCUACUGUGGUGGAAAUGUUGGUCUCAAAGAAGUACUGAUGAUAACUCGAAUAUUGCUCCAUAUGACUUUUGUUCCGUAUCUGACAUCCAAAAAGUGUCAAGUUUACUCAAGCUUCACGAUAAAACAAUACGCCUUAUGAAUCAGGAGAACCACCUGUGGAACAUUCGGGAGACCAAUGUCUAAAUUAGUAAUUUUAAGCUGUAAUUGUUGAAUUUUUUUCCAAUUCUAUUUAGUAAAUUAUGGUCAGACCUUGAUUACACACCCUCUCUUAUAAACACGGUCGUAGAAUAGCGCAUUUCAUUUUUUGUUCACAGUCUAUCUCUAUAAGUAACGCCGCUUCAAAUGAAAACGUGAUUAACCCUACCAACACUAGCCUUUAAUUUUAUCCAGGAAUAUGAUACAUGCAUGUGAGGACUUUUUAAAUUCACAAAAUUACCUCAUGAAAUUACCUUAUUAUUCCUGCUAAAAGAUGUGUUGGAUGUAACACGAAAUAUACAUAUGUUAAAAUAACUUCAUUCGUCUUAUAUUAUCUGAUUAAGAUACUUUGACUUUAUUAAUCCAAUUUUCGGACUAGCAUUAAUUCUUUACUAAAUAAAGCCCGAUAAAGCCCGUCAUUUGAAUUUUAAUGACGCCAGCAACCCAUUUACAAGAAAAAUAAAAUAAAAAUAAAACCUUGUUUUCACGUUGCCCCUAUUGUGAAGAGCUAAACUAUCAAAGGAAAAUGAAGAUAUCCACUUCGGCGGUCGCAGACGGACACAACUUCCAUAUUAAUAUAUAGAUUACAUCAUUUUCGCAAAGUGUUAAUUAUUUUCAUUGCAUUACAUUAAAAUUAAAAUUUGAUAGGGCUUAAUCUAUAGCCGUCAACUGAGUUAAAGCACUAUUUUGUAGUGUGUAGAAUUUGAGACUAACUAUACCCAGUGCAUUAUUAAGUAUCUCAGCUUUCGUUCCCAGUUCCCUCAUAUACAAUUCGUUGUUCUGAUGUUCGUGAAACUGUGACAAUAAAGAGCUUUUAGAGAGUAUUUAACUUUUUUAAUAACUAGCUAUUUAUAUAUUUUUUGUAUUCUUAUAUUUGAUGUACUGGUUUUUGUAUGAAGAACUUAGUUUAUAUAGAAAAGUUAAAUUUUUGAAAGAAUCAACCUACACAAACUUGA